AUGGAAAAGGUACGUUUUGAAUUGAAACCCCUCAGUUUGCCUUAUACAGUUAUGGAACACUUACCCAAAUUGGUUCAAAAAGUAUGUCCUGAUUCAAAAGUAGCUUUGAAGUUAAAAUGCGGCAGAACAAAAACUGAAAGCAUCGUUACCAAUGUCAUCGGAGCAGUAGGUAAGAUCAGUGUUAUUGAUUUGACGCAGAAAAACAAGUUUGCCAUUAUAAUAGACGAAAGCACGGAUACAUCUACAAUAAAACACAUGGCAGUAAUCUCUAGAAUAGUAGACAAUAAUCUGUUGGUGCGGGAUGAAUUUGUUACUCUCAUAGAAGUAGAAAAAGCCACUGCUGACGCUUUAUAUGAUUUAAUUAUACAUUUCUUUAUACAAAAUAAAAUUCUAUAUAAAGAGAAUAUGAAAGGUUAUGCAGGAGAUGGUGCCAACAAUAUAAUGGGCAAACACCAUUCAUUAGCUACUAAUUUAUUGAAAGAUGUGCCAGAUUUAUUUAUUAUGAAAUGUAUAUGCCAUUCUUUUCAUCUAUGCGCUUCAUAUGCUUGCUUAAAAUUACCACGAUUUGUUGAAGAUUUUGCAAGAAAUGUACAUAACUAUUUAAAUAAUAGCUCUAAAAGACUCUUAGAAUUUAAAGAAUUCCAAGUUUUCUGUAAUAUAAAACCACAUAAGAUUUUAUACCCAGGACAAACGAGAUGGCUAUCACUAUUGUCGGUAGUUAAUCGCCUUAUUGAACAAUAUAAUGCUUUAAAACUCUAUUUUACUAGUGCAGUGUUAAAAGAUAAAAUUUUAAAUGCACAAACAGUAUUAGAUUCGUUAUCAAAUCCAUUUAAUCUUUUGUACCUGCAAUUCCUAGCAUUUGUUUUGCCAUUUUUUGUAGAUCUAAAUAUUGAAAUGCAAUCAGAAGGAAUAAAAAUACAUCUGUUCUAUGACCGUAUAGGAACACUGUACAGAGAAAUCUUAGAAUGCUACAUUAAAAAGGAUUAUAUUAGAAAUAAGAAAUUAUAUGAAAUUCAAUACAAGAACCCAAGUUACUAUUUGCAUGAAAAUAAUUUGUUUUGUGGUGGUACUGUUUCUGCAUCUAUUUGCUCUCGUUAA